AUGUCAUCCACCGAUUCAUUGGACACUGCUUUCAUCGAGACAUCAGCAGAUGCUCCAGCCCAUACGCCUGUUGUCACAAACCUAUUGACAAGGGCUCUGGCCGCCUCAUUGCUCAUUGGAACCUCCCACACGUUUGCAAGUCCUGACUCUUGGAAAGUAGACAAGUAUGUCAUUCCAGGAGAGAAGAAAAUCCUAGGAGUGGGAGACAUCUUCAUGGUGCACAGGGAGAUUCACACCACUAGCAUUGGCACAUUGUCGAUGCCUGUGUUUGUUGCAAGGCUUUCACACAUAGUGGCUUGGGGGCACACCCAUAUCGAAUUUGGGAUCGAAAAUCUGAACACAGGGUACCCACAUCAAAAAACCAUUAAACUUCCAUUCUCUGUCAUUCGUCUUUCUAUCCUCCAACGUCUCAGGAAGCUGGUCUUCCCCUUUCCUCGUUGCCCUGAUCCUUUGCCAAACCCCCCUCGCCCACUAUUGCCUAUACAUCAUAAACCAGCUGGCAAUGUUGGAGAUUGUGCGCCCAGAGAUAGUGAUGGCCUACCCAUCUGGAACAGACGUUGA